CUGAAAGCUUGACAUGGCUCUGACUUCUCCAAAAUCUGUAGCAGGAGAUUUGACACAAAAAGAAGAACUCGUGCUCCAUGAUGGAAACUUUUUCCAUUUUCUCUCUGCAAACAUCCUCACAAUAGUGGAAAAAUGUAUGAGUUCCAUGCAAGCUGGAACCCAGAUGAUCAAACUCCGUGGCAGCUCCAAGGGCUUGGUCCGGUUCUAUUACCUGGAUGAGCACAAGUCCUGCAUCCGCUGGAGACCCUCCCGCAAGAAUGAGAGAGCCAAAAUUUCCAUCGACUCGAUUCAGGAGGUGUGUGAGGGGAAGCAAUCAGAGAUCUUCCAGCGCCAUGCUGAUGGCAGCUUUGAUCCCAACUGCUGCUUCAGUAUAUACUAUGGAGACCACAUGGAAUCUUUGGACCUGGUGUCUUCCAGUGGAGAUGAAGCACGCACCUGGAUCACAGGACUGAAAUAUCUGAUGGCAGGGAUCAGUGAUGAAGACAGCCUCUCAAAACGCCAAAGGACCAGAGACCAGUGGUUGAAGCAGACUUUUGAUGAAGCAGAUAAAAAUGGUGAUGGCAGCCUGAGCAUUAGUGAAGUGCUCCAGCUAAUGCACAAACUGAAUGUGAACCUACCCCGACAAAAAGUCAAGCAAAUGUUUAAGGAGGCUGAUACAGAUGAUAACCAGGGCACGCUGGACUUCGAUGAGUUCUGUGCCUUUUACAAGAUGAUGUCGACCCGGCGGGACCUGUACCUGCUGAUGCUCACCUACAGCAACCACAAGGACCACCUGGACACUGAGGACCUCAGGCGCUUCCUAGAGACUGAGCAGAAGAUGACAAAUGUGACUAAAGAGCACUGCCUGGAAAUCAUCAGCAAGUUUGAGCCAUGUCUGGAGAACAAGAAGGAGGGAGCUCUGGGGAUUGAUGGUUUCACCAAUUACAUGCGGAGUCCAUCGGGGGACAUAUUCAACCCAGAACACUACCAAGUGAAUCAGAACAUGAAUUAUCCCCUGAGCCACUAUUUCAUUACCUCUUCACAUAAUACCUACCUCAUGGGAGAUCAGCUGAUGUCCCAGUCCAGGGUGGACAUGUAUGCAUGGGUGCUGCAGGCUGGCUGUCGCUGUGUAGAAGUUGACUGCUGGGAUGGGCCAGAUGGUGAACCAAUUGUCCACCACGGAUACACUUUGACUUCCAAAAUUCUCUUCAAAGAUGUGAUUGAAACUAUCAACAAAUAUGCCUUUAUCAAGAAUGAGUACCCUGUUAUCUUGUCAAUUGAGAACCACUGCAGUGUUGUUCAGCAGAAGAAAAUGGCUCAGUAUCUUACGGAAAUCCUGGGAGACAAACUGGAUCUGUCUUCUGUGGAGAGUGAUGAUUCUACCACACUCCCUUCACCAGCAAGUCUUAAAGGAAAGAUUCUGGUUAAGGGAAAGAAGCUUCCAGCCAACAUCAGUGCUGAUGCAGAGGAAGGUGAAGUCUCUGAUGAGGACAGUGCUGAUGAGAUUGAUGAUGACUGUAAAAUAAUGAAUGGAGAUGCAUCUACUAAUAGGAGAAGAGUGGAGAAUAUAGCAAAGAAAAAACUUGACUCACUGAUAAAAGAGUCCAAAAUUCGUGACUGUGAAGAUCCAAACAAUUUCACUGUUACCACUCUACCAUCAUCAGGAAAGGCUGGCCUAAAACCAGAUAGUAAGAAGAGUAAACUUGAGGAUGAUGUGGAAUCUGGGGAAGACUUCAGCACCAGCAAAAGGCAGAGCAGGUCCCUGAUGGGCAGCUUCUCCAAACGCAAGAAAAAAGGAAGCAAAUUGAAAAAGGCAACAAGUCUGGAAGAGGGUGAAGAUGAUUCGGAUUCUCAAGGAAAUUUAGCCAGGAGCUCUGUACAUUACAGCAGGAUAAACAGACAGAAGAAGACAAUGAAGCUGUCCAGAGCACUGUCUGACCUGGUGAAGUACACAAAGUCUGUUGGCAUCCAUGAUGUUGAAUCUGAAAUCUCUUCCAGCUGGCAGGUUUCAUCUUUCAGUGAAACCAAAGCCCACCAGAUACUGCAGCAGAAGCCAGCCCAGUACCUGCGCUUCAACCAGCACCAGCUCUCCCGCAUCUACCCCUCCUCCUAUCGGGUAGACUCCAGCAACUACAACCCCCAGCCAUUCUGGAAUGCUGGCUGCCAACUAGUUGCACUGAACUACCAGUCAGAGGGGAGAAUGCUGCAACUGAACCGGGCCAAAUUUAGUGCCAAUGGGAAUUGUGGCUAUGUCCUCAAACCAAACUGCAUGUGUCAAGGUGUCUUUAAUCCAAAUUCUGAAGAUCCACUGCCUGGUCAAUUGAAGAAACAGCUGGUUCUAAAAAUCAUCAGUGGUCAACAGCUCCCAAAGCCACGUGAUUCCAUGUUGGGAGACAGAGGAGAGAUCAUAGAUCCAUUUGUUGAAGUAGAAGUCAUAGGCUUACCUGUUGAUUGCUUCAAAGAACAAACAAGAGUAGUUGAUGAUAAUGGCUUUAACCCAAUGUGGGAGGAAACCUUGGUGUUCACCGUCCACAUGCCAGAGAUCGCGCUGAUUCGGUUCCUGGUCUGGGAUCAUGACCCAAUUGGCCGUGAUUUCAUUGGGCAGAGGACAAUAGCUUUCAACAGCAUGAUGCCAGGUUACCGACACGUCUACCUGGAGGGCAUAGAGGAGGCAUCCAUCUUUGUCCAUGUGGCUAUUAAUGACAUCAGUGGUAAGGCCAGACAAGCUCUAGGUCUAAAAGGCCUGUUUCUCAGAAAUCCAAAGCAAGCCUCUCUGGACAGUCAUGCUGCUGGGCAGCUCCAUCGCAAACAUUCCUUUAGCAGCCACAUCCUGAGACGGACAGCCAGUGCUCCCACCAAAACCCAGAAGAAGAACAAGAAGGGUUUUCCUGAGAUUGCUUUGGACACAAAAGACAACAGCUCUGAAGGGGCUGGUGAAGAAGUGGAAGCUGCCUCGCAGCCCCGCUUCGAGCAGGAGCCAGAAAGAGCUUCUCUAUCACCAGCUCCCAGAGAUGGUGCCAGUGGGGAGGUCCCUGGCAAAGGGCUGAAAGGUAAGGCCCAGGGUUCUCGGAAAGCCAAAAUCCAAAGCUGUGCUCCAGAGGGUGCUGCUUGCAGGGAACCCCCCCAGAGGGCUGUCAGGGCCUGGCUCCAGGAGCAGCAGAGCGGGAAGCAAAGUGUCUUUGCACGCUGUGCCAUCAACAGCUCUGGUAGGAUUGGAGUGGCCACCAACUGCAUGAAAUGCAUGAUUGGUUCCAAAGAAAGCCCUGAUCUAGAAUCCAAGUGGAGUGACCACCCUACCAGGCCUCUUGCCAAAGAUACACUUCACCAUGAGCAGUAUAGCAGUAUAACUGGAGAAGAGAGGUUAGAGCUAAAAACCUGGGGUGCUAAAGGCCAGCCCAGGCACCCAUCAGACCUGCAGUCCUGCAGCAGCCCUGGAACUGCUGAUGACCUAACAGCAAGCACCCAGCCUCUUGUCACCCCAGGGAAGAAAAAUGUUGAACCUAAAUGCCAUGGAAUAAAGGCUCAUUCCCGGCAGCGCUGGCAGUGCCAGGCAGGUGGCAAGUAUGGAAGCACUGUCAACUUGGUUGCAGCCAGCAAUGGCUCUGUGUCCUCCAACUCCAGCAGUCUAGAAAGCCUUGGAAGCCCAGAAUUCCCCAAGCACUGGUCUGAAACUUCUCGAAGGCAAGUGGGCACCCUCCAGAGGGAAAUGAACGCCUUGUUCGUUCAAAAAUUGGAGGAAAUUCGAAGUAAAUCCCCUAUAUUCUUUACUGAUGUCUGCCAUUUCUCAAUGCAGAGGUCAGUCAGCUCUUUGUGCAGCCUGGAGACAAUCAGUGAAGAGCCUGUUACUGCCAAUGGGAACCACCACACCAGCCUUCUCCUCCACCUCCCCCUUCCUCCCUACAGUGACUCUGAAGAAGGGUCUGUGUCUGACCAUUCCACCGAUUCCCGGACAGAAAGAAGCAGCACAUCCAACCAGUACCAAGAAUCUCUGCUCACUGGAGAACAAAGAGCAAAUCUGGCUGCAGAAGACCAAGGGCAGGUAGUCACCAAAGCAGCUGACAGAGGUUUACCAGUCCAAGAAGGUGAGAGGACAAGCAUGACAGGAAGUCUUAAAGAGGAAAGUGCUUGGACACAGGAAUGCAGUAAAGCUGAAGAUGAGCACGGGUUGGCAGUGCAUCCUCCCACAACCUGCCAGAAGCAAACUGACCCACCAGGUCAGGUAUUAACAGACAUGAAAAGCACCACUGAAUCCAAAGGCCAAAAACCUGGUGCAGCAGCUGGGACACUGCAGCAAAACAAUGUGAUUAACAGCAUGCAGACAACUUUGCCUCCAAAUACUUUUCAGAAAGCCCAGGCUGCACAGGCUCUUCCUGUUUCUGGUUCUCAGAUGAGCUCUUACAUGCUGAUCAGAAGGUCAAAGAACGAAGGACUGAAAAUGUCAGACUCCUCAGCCUUAAUCAAACUCCCCCACAGCCUGUCUCCAGCAGCAGAGGUGUACUUUGACGCCACUGUUAACGACCGGAUCUGGAGCAAACUUGACUGCAGCAGUCACCGUGACAGCAUGUCUUCCUCUUCCAGCAUGUCCUCCAAUGACACUGUGAUAGACCUCUCCCUGCCCAACCUGGCUCGUAAAAGCCUCCCAGACCUUGGCAUCCCUCAGGAGAGUUUUGAGCCCCUGGCCAUCAGGAGGAGCAUGCGCCCGCGAUCUGCCACAGCCUCCAGUACCGAGCUGCCCCUGGGCAGCAAGAGCAAAUCCAACCCCAACCUGAGGGCCGGGCAGCUGCCUGCAGAUGAGCUCUGCCCACGGCCUCUGGCCAGGAGCCCUCAGGGUGCCUUCUCCUCCGUUCCCAGAAGGCACACCUGGAGCAGGCUGUACAUAGAAAGUCUCAGACAGUCCUCUAACAAAUCCAAAGGCCAGGAUAUGGCUGGGAAUAACCAGGCAAAAUCCAAGAGCCUCGGAGACCUGACCUCUGAUGACAUUGUGUGCACUUUUGAAAGCAAAUACCGUAGCAUCAGCAGGAGCUUUGUCACUCGGUCCAUGCGGGAGCAGCGCCGCUCCUCGGGCCUGAGAGCCUCUGCCAAGGCCCGGGACGAGCUUACGGAGCAGCUGAAGAAGCUGACAGCCUUCCAGCAGGAAAAUGACAUCACCUCCCCCAUCAGCCUGGAUCCCAGCGAGUCCGAGGAGGAAGGGGAGAGCCUGGGGCUGCUCCGCAGGUCCUCGUCCCGCAGCCAGAGCCGGGUGCGGUACAUCGCCAACCGAGCCCGGCAGGCCCAGGAGAGGCAGAGGCUGCAGGGCUUGAGCCAGCUGGGGGGCACCCCCAUCGAGGAGAGGGGGAACCCCGAGGGAGCCUGCAGUGUUGCAAAAGCAGUUUGUAUGGAUGUAGCUUCUCCUGCCGUGUUUACACCCCAGCCUAAGAACCAAACUGAUUAUAACGCUGACACUGAAGUCUUCUUCAUGCUGAAGCUGUAGCUCUGGGCAGCACUGACCAGGCCAUGUUUACAUUCCUGACCAAACCACACACAGUGACCUGAGAGGCACAGAGAUCCUCCUGUGGCUGAGUGCUUCCCAGCCUUCCCUUGAUUGUCAGGGUCCUUCAUGCCAGAGCUCCAAAAGAAGAGUUGGGCGUUUGGUUUGUCAGCUGCUUGUGGGAACAGGACAGUCAAGUGAAAUCAGAGACUUCAUAUUUUUACAGUGCUAAUGCGAUGACCUCCUGGAUUUUUUUAAUUGCAUUUUUCCCAGCCUCAAAUUUGGCCUCCUCCUCCACUCAUUUCCACUUGCAGUUUAUUCUGUGCAAAUCUCAUGUUCUUUACUAAUUUCAGUGAUAGCUUCUUAUAACAGGUGAACAUCUAUGUGAUGUUAACAAGAGCCAAGGUAAAUUUUGCUCCUACAAACCCAUGAAAAGAGGCUGGAUUUAAAACCAUGAUCCCUGUUCUAUUUUAUUUUUGGAAGAGUUUGAGGCCUCUGAGAGUGUCUUCUCUGGGAAACAGUCAAAAUUGCAGUGUAAUUGUUUUAUGAAUUAAUACCAGAGUAGAUAAAGCCCAUCUUCCAUGGUGGACCUGUUUAUUUAGUGAUAAUCCAUAUUAUUUCACUCUUUGAAGAAGAGCUCUCACUAUGUUCCAAAGCAAUGCUUUUUUAAACUAAGCUUGUUUAUAUAUAUAAA